AUGGGAAAUCCAAAUUACAAUGGAUCUCCACCACCUUCAAAUGACUUAUCUAUUGUGCAAGAAAAGCAAAUCUCAAGUUAUACAUCUUACGAGAGGUCAGAAACACAAACUGAUAAUGUGAGUUCAAUAAGAAUACAACCUAUUGGCUUUUAA